CCGAGCGUCGUUGUGAGGAUGGUGGCGCCGGUCCGCCGAACCCGGGCACCGACCGAGUGAAGCCGACUUACGAGAGGCCGAGGCUAUGGGCCGGGGAGCAGGCCCCGCCCCGGUGAGAUAAGGGCGCGGAUACCCCGGCAUGGGUCCGAGGGCCGUGGCCUGAGGCGACUGCCGGGGCCCGGGCCUCCGCCGCCGCCACCAUGCCGGCUCCCGACUCUCCCAGCCCGGCGCCGCCGCCUCCUCCACCCCCGCCCGCCGCCGCCCACGGGCUGCAACCGGCGCUCAACGGCGGCGCCGGGGGACCAGCCGCCGGGCCACAGGGCAGCGCGCCCGCCGCCUCCGACACCCCUCCCGGGCCCAGUCUGGUCGUACGGCCCAACCCCAGCCCGGGUGCCGGAGCUGGAGCCGGAGCCGGAGCCCAGCCCCGCAGCGGCCCGCAGGCCGCCCCCGCCGUCAACCCGCCUCCGCCCGCCGCCGUCCUGAAGGUGAGCACCGCCGCCUCCUCGCAGAUGAGGGCCCCCCGGCUCGCCCAGACGUCGCUGCCCGUCCUGCAGAACAUCCAGGUGCCGGCGGGUAUGGUCCUUGUCCGGAGCGACAGUGGACAGCUGGUGCUGGUUCCACAGAAGGCCUUUGCUCAGGCGCAGGCCAAGGCUCGAGCACAAGCACAAGGCAACACCGCAACCGCAGCACCUACGAGUACGCACACAGUCCGAAUUUCUAAUGUGCAGGCAAAUAGAACACCGACAGUUGCCAGUCAAGUGAAACCACCUGGUGUCCAGCAGGUGAACCAAUUGCAAGCCCCAGUCCAGACAAAUACUGUACCACAGCGCAUCACUCUAGUGCAGUCACAGCCUGUGAGUGGGGCCAUUACAGGAAAAUCCAUAACGACUGUCUCUCUGAAACCAUCAACGCCUGCAAAUCAUUCUGCCCCUGCGCAAGUUGCACAAACCAGUGCUUCACCGGAAACUUUGGAAAAUGUGAAGAAAUGCAAGAACUUUCUUGCAACAUUAAUUAAACUGGCUUCCAGUGGGUCCCAGUCAAUGCAGAUGUCCAACAAUGUGAAAACUCUGGUGCAGAAUCUACUGGAUGGGAAGUUGGAAGCAGAGGAAUUCACAAGCCAGCUGUACCAAGAGCUCAAGUCUUCCCCACAGCCUUACCUUGUGCCUUUUCUCAAGCGAAGUUUACCUGCCUUACGGAAACUGAUGCCAAACUCCCAGGCCUUCAUUCAGCAGUGCCUACAGAAACCUGCAACUCCAGCCACCACGCUUGCCACUGUAUCUGGACUAUCCAAGCCACCCAACCUCGAGCAGGCUGUAAGGACGGUCACAGCGACUAGUGCUGCGCAGCAGGCAAAACCCCUGCAGGCCAAGGCACAGAUGGUAGUCCAGCAGUCUGGAGCACUUACCAAAACACAAGAAAGCAUACUGCCAAGGACACAAACAGUGACUUUGCAAAGACCUCUAAACCACAUCACUGUGCCUGUAUCGCAAAUCCAAGUCAAAGCGAUUCAAGGAGGCCCUGUGACUUCAGUAGUAAAAGUACCAACUGUACAAGCAAAUGGGAAUUCAAGUGUUCUCGUGCAUGCCUCAACUGAUGAAAGAUUCAAAAAGGAAGUUGGAGGCACUUCUUUCAGGGAUGAGGACGACAUCAAUGAUGUGGCCUCUAUGGCUGGGGUCAACAUCAAUGAAGAGAAUGCCCGCAUCCUUGCUACAAAUUCGGAGUUGGUGGGUGCUGUAAUCCGGUCUUGUAAAGAAGAAACAUUCCUGUCCUCUGUAUCCCUACAGAAAAAAACUUUAGAAAUAGGUAAGAAGCACGGUGUGACGGAGGUGAAUUCUGACGUGUUGAGCACCAUAUCUCAUGCAACACAAGAACACUUGCGGGAACUCGUGGAAAAGCUCACUGUGAUUGCACAACAUCGGAUGAAGGUGUACAAGGACAAUGACCAAUACAGCUUAUCAAGUGAUACUCGAUCACAGCUGAAGUUCUUUGAGCAGUUGGAUCGGCUGGAGAAGCAGCGGAAAGAUGAGGAUGAGAGAGAAACAAUGCUGCGAUUGGCAAAGAGUCGAGCCAAACAUGAAGAUCCGGAACAACUUCGAUUGAAGCAAAGAGCCAAAGAGAUGCAACAAUUGGAACUUGCACAGCUGGCACAGCGGGAAGCGAAUCUCGCAGCACUAGCAGCCAUCGGACCAAGGAAAAGAAAAACUCCUGAUUCACCGAGUCUCGGAACAGGAAGUGAGGGAUUAAGCAGUGGUGGGAAUGCACUUGGUGUUACACGACCCCCAUCCUUCCUGCGACAGAGAGUAACACGAGUCAAUCUCAGGGAUCUCCUCCUCUGCUUGGAGCAGGACCGAGCAACCAAUCAUUCCCUGCUCCUGUACCGAGCCUAUCUCAAAUGAAAUAAGUGGUAUGAACUGGAUCCGUGCACAGGACCUGAAGAAAACUGGUUGCAUAGACAGUGGUGGUAACUGAUGCAUUGUUUCAGGAAGCAAGACUCGGGACCCUAUCGUCCUUGUUUACUCUUGAGACUUUUUUUUAAAAAAAACAAAACUGACGGGUACAAUUUUUGUUUUGUUAAAAUUCUUAAAGGCAAAAACUGGAUUCAGUUGAACUUCCAGUAUCACUUGUGAAAAUGAAUUCCCUCCAGUUCAAAGAUGUGGAAAACCAGGAUGUUAUAGAUGCUUCAAGGUUGUAUAAUUAAAAAUAAAAAAAAUCUGAUCCAUCUCUAAGUUAACACUCCCUUCUGAUACUGUAAAAUGUAAAUGGCGUGCAUUUUUUUCAUUAAAUACAUCUGCUGUGG